UGGCAGUGAGUGGCACCUGCGACGUGCCUUCCCUUUGGUUCUGGUCGCAAAAAUAUCCAUUCAGCCUCCCCUCCACUGUGCGACGGUCACCAACGCCCCCUCGUCCAACCAACCCACUUGCACUCUCGAUAACCGCGAUAUCUACGGCGUCUUUGCUCACUUCACAACAAACGAAGAACGAAAACUAGCUAUUGCAGACACUCGGUUGCUCUCAGGAAAUUUUGACUGGAACCGGGCUUUGAAAGGAGAAAGGCGGCGCGAUGGAUUACGAGCCGAUGCUGCUGGACGGCGAGUCCGGAGGACCGUCGAUCAAGAUCUCAGGGGCCGACAACAUUCACGUUAACUUCGAUCUCUCUAACUGCGACCUUUCCUUCGCCAACUCUCUGCGUCGCGUUAUCCAAGCCGAGGUCCCUGUGAUUGCCAUCGACCUGGUCGAGAUUGAGGCCAACACGUCCGUCCUCGCUGACGAGUUUAUCGCCCAUCGCCUGGGACUGAUCCCUCUCCAAUCCAAGGACGUCAACAGCCUGCUCUACACCCGAGACUGCGACUGCGAGCAAUACUGCGACAACUGCAGCGUGAAACUCACACUUCACGCGCGCUGUUCGUCGGACGAGACCAUGAAGGUCUACGCUAGCGAUCUCAUUGUUGAUAGUUUCAGACAAAACGGCACUGUGGGAAACCCCGUCAUCCUCGACCCGGAAGGACAGGGCUCUCUGAUUUGCAAGCUGCGCAAGGGGCAGGAGCUGAAGAUCUCGUGUAUCGCGAAGAAGGGAAUCGCCAAGGAGCACGCAAAGUGGAUGCCGACGUCCGCCGUCGGCUUCGAGUACGACCCCCACAACAAGCUGCACCAUUUGGACAUGUGGUUCGAGGAGGAUGCCAAGGCUGAGUGGCCUGAAAGCAAGUACGCGAAGAUGGAGGACCCCCCUCAGGAAGGGGAGCCGUUCGACUACGACGCGGUACCUAGCAAGUUCUACUUUGAGGUCGAGGGCGUGGGCAGCCUCGAGCCCGACCAGAUCAUCCAGGAGGGAAUCAAGAUCCUUCAGGAGAAGCUGGCUCUGACGCUGCACAUUCUCACCGGCGAGGCGGACGACGACGGAAUGGGCGACUUUGAUGGCCCUCGCAGCCCGAAUCUGGAUAUGGAUGGCGGCAAUCCCUGGCAAGAUCAGGGCUACACGACCCCUUUCAAUGGCGGUGGUCAGAGCUCGUGGGGGGCUAGUGCGACGACGCCUUACACGACUACCACUCCCUACGGCGCAUCCGGGCAGUCUGGCUGGAACUGAGUGAAAACAGCAAAACCGUAUCACAAAAAAGGCGUUUAUGUAUGAGACCACCCGAAGAAAGGGGCGGCAAUUGGAGUUUGCGAGGGUUUCUUUUUGCAAAAAAAUGUUAGCUUGAGCAUCAGCUGGUUAAACCAAUCCAGCAAGAAAUAUCUUGGGUUUGCUGAAUUGAACAAGGACCGGGCCAAGCACGCUAGGAAACAUUCGAAAGGAAGGAGAAGGAAGGGCUUUUGUGGUUCUCGAUCAAAGGUUUCUGGCGUCAUUCAGAUCAUGAGUCGAGACCGGCUCAUAGACGCCCUCGGAGGGGUUGAACACCCAGGGAGAAAUGAAAAAGAGGAGAGAACCAGUCCGAGGCCGAAGAAGAGAAGGGGGGGGGGGGGGGUGCGAGAAG